UAUGGCUAUCAUCUGUUUCGAAAUUCGUAUUGGCUAGUACCAAAUCAAAAAGCCCAAAAAAAUGUGUUCGAGAAAAUGCGGAAGGAUAAAAAGUAUCCACAAAAAAUUGGCAAAUAUGACGUGAAAUAUGUGCGCGAUUUAACAACUGGAUAUGACAACGAACAGGCUGGAAAUAAGCCAAUUUUACCGAUCAGUACUUCAUCGGAAAUGAUUACAUUUACAUUGCCAGAUGGUAGCUGGAUAACUGUGCGCGCAAGUGGUACUGAACCGAAAAUCAAAUACUAUAUUGAACUGAAAUCAGCUCCCUGCAAAUCUGAAAAGUGA